AUGCAGCCUCGCCCCCGGCUGCCGCUCCCCUCCCUUUUCACGCUGCUCGCGCUCGCACUGCCGUCCGCCUCGCCGCUGCACGUCUUCACGUGUCGCCACACGUACGAGAGCACGCUCGCAGAGGAGCUCGCGAACGCUGGCGUUCCUGCGGCCGCCGUGACCACGGUUUGCCCCGCGGUGGUGAGCGUGAGCGGCGAGCUGCCUGCGCUCGACCCCACCUACGCGCUGCAGUGGCUUCCCUGUGCGGCUGAGGUGCAGGGCGCUUCGGUGCGCCUCCUCGCCGACGCUGCGGUGGCCGCCUGCGGCGACGCCCUCCUCGGCGAGGCGCCACGCGGCGCGCUCGCGGUGCACGCGCUUGUGCCCGACCUGCUAAAGGGAGGCCGGACACCUCGACUGCUGCGGCGCUGCGAGGCCAUCGCCAACAGGGCGCUGGAGAGGCUGCGCGUGCGCCACCGCAGCGCGCGGCCUCUCGCGGCUGGCGAGGCGCUGCCGGGCGACGCGCCGCGCCUGCUGCUGCAGCUGCUGCUCCUCUCGCCGGAGAGGCUGCUGGUGUCGCUCUCGCCCUGCGAGCAGGGCCGCGGCCUCGGGACGUGGCCAAACUGGCACGCUCCCGCAGGGCUGGCCAGCGUCGACGUGCCAAAGCACAUGCCCUCGUCCGCCUACCGGAAGCUCUCCGAGGCCUUCGACUGUCUCCAGCAGUGGCCGGCGCCGGCAGACCGUGUCGUCGACCUCGGCGCGCUCGGCUGCUCGGUGAUCGCAGUCGACCGCAGCCCUCUCGACGCGCAGCUCGCGCACGACCCGCGAGUGACGUUCGUCGGCGGCGACGCGUUCGCGUACGAGCCGCCCUGGGCCGGCGAGGAGGGGAGGGGCGUCCGCACGUGGAUGGUGACGAUGAAGUUCCAAGCGGGGGUGGAUUGGGCCGCGCUCGAUGAAGCCGGCUCGGUGGCGGAGAGCCUGGGGUACGACUUUCGGAGCAAGCACUUCUUCAACAACAAGAACGAGGUGGAGGUGGAGGCGGAGGAGGAGAUAAAAAGAAUUCUGCGGCCGACAAAGCUGGCCGACCUCACCGACUUAGACAACCUUCGGGUGCGCCAGUGCACUGAUGGAAAGCCCAACGGCGACGAGGUAAUAUGCGACUUACGUCACGGAGAGGUGCACAAUGGCAAGCCGGUCUGGGACUGGGACCUCCACCACUCUUUUUGCUGGGUCCUGGACAGCGGCAACCAGGCAGGUGGCUUUUGGGCCCUGGCCAACCUCCACAUGCUGAGCGAUCGGGGCGAGGCCACGGGCAUCUGCUUCGACAUGCCGCAGCACGCCGGUUCAGGUGGGAGCUAUCCUCCCCUGGGCGCCUGGGUUCGCGGCCGUCCGUGGGACCGAUCCACCACCUACCCACACAACGAGCCGUGCUUCGUGCUCGAGCGCGCGUAG